AUGAUGCCGCCUAGGAUGCAGGCCACGGCACCAGGAGCUGGUGCUCAAGUGAUCCACCAGCCUCCGCCUCCCUUCCUACCCCAGUGGAGCCUGCGUCCUGCGCCCUGCCCCACCUGUCCCAGCCGUCCUCGUCUCCUUGUCCCUUCCACAUCGUUUCCUCUCCUUCCUUCAAACUCACAUCCCCUCUGCCCACCAUGGGCUGAGCCUCUGGACUCCAUGGUCUCCCUUUUUCCUCCUUCCUCUGUCAUCCACUGUCACUCCAACCCUCCUGUCCUCAUGGAAGACGGCAGCUCCCAAGCCGUCCCUUCUCUCCGCCUUAUUCUUGACACCAUCCUGGCUGGUGUCUGCAGUCACACGGAUGACACAGUACUUUGUCCCCAGCUCUCCUCCUGGUGCCCACAGCCUCUGCUUCUGCACCGCCAUCCGGGUCAUGCUGGGCCCCUUCUCCUGCCAGAUCCGCGCACCUCUUCUCUUCUCUUGUGCUCUCUGAUGCGGCUACUCCACCUGAUGGAGCCGCCUGGGACAUGGGUGGUUCUGUCUCAUUCCAAAUCCAUGUCCCAAGCCUCCAAAGAACUGGGACCCUGUGCAGCAGCCCCUUCUCCCACCACUUUCCUGAGAUAA